GACAUGAGAAAGAAGGUGAAGCUUGCUUUCAUCGCCCAUGACUCCACAAGGAGGGCCACAUUCACCAAGAGGAAGAAGAGCCUUCUCAAGAAAGUGAAUGAGCUCAGCAUUCUGUGUGCUGUCCCGGCUUGUGCCAUUGUCUAUGGUGAGAACGAGUCCAAGCCGGAACUAUGGCCCAAUUCCCCCAUGUCGGUGCACCAGGUGAUCUCUAAGUUCCAGGAGAUGCCGCUCAUGGAGCAAAGUAAGAAGAAGUUGAACCAGGAGAGCUUCCUCCGGCAGAGGAUAGCAAAAACCGAGGAACAACUGAAGAAGAUGAGGAACGACAAUAGGGAGAGGGAGAUGACCAACAUUCUGUACUGUGGCGUGGACGGGAUGCUGGCACCUGGGUGGCUUGACGGCCUCAGCUUGCAGGACUUGAACGACCUCAAUCUGGUGAUCAAUAAGACGCUGAAUGAGAUUGAUGAGAAGCAGGAGAUGCUUGGUGAGCCAGGGUCAAUGAAGAAAGUAACUGCGGAAGCUACAGAGAAAGCGACUGAGGAGGCGGUGCCGGUGGAUCCCAACAACAUGGAGCCCAUGCAGGGGGAGGAGUGGCUCAAGAACCUCAUGGAGCCGCUGGAGCCAGCAAUAUGGCCCCUUGAGGAUAGCAUAAACCCUAGCAGUCCUAUGUGGUUGAACCCCUUUCUACCAUGAGGAGAAGGAACAAUUAUAUUGCGCUCUAUUAGGUAUGAAUAAAAAGAGCGCAUAUAUAUAUACAUAUAUAUAUAUAUAUAUAGUGGACGAUCUAUAAUCAGUC